AUGUCUACAGGUCCAGCGGGAUUGGGCUCAGAGAUUGUUACUAUUGUCAACAAGCUUCAGGAUGUCUUCAACGCUGUCGGCACCUCAACAGCUUCAAUAGACUUGCCUCAGAUAUGUGUUUUGGGAAGUCAGAGUAGUGGUAAAAGUAGUGUUCUAGAGAAUAUCGUCGGAAGAGAUUUCCUGCCUCGUGGAACCGGUAUCGUGACACGACGGCCACUGGUCUUGCAACUGAUACAUAGACCUUCAACAGCACAUCAGAAUGGUGGUCCACCAGAAUUGGGGAAAGACGGAGACGCUGCGGCCAACGCAGAUGAGUGGGGUGAAUUCUUACAUCUACCUGGCCAAAAAUUCUACGACUUUCACAAGAUUCGGGAUGAGAUUGUUCGUGACACUGAAGCGAAGACUGGCCGCAACGCAGGAAUCUCCCCUCAACCCAUCAACUUACGUAUAUACUCACCCAAAGUUCUCACUUUAACUUUGGUCGACCUUCCUGGUCUGACGAAGGUGCCUGUCGGAGACCAGCCAAAGGAUAUCGAGAAACAGAUUCGUGAUAUGCUCAUGAAGUACAUCUCGAAACCUGCGUGUAUUAUCUUGGCAGUAUCGCCGGCAAAUGUUGAUCUGGCCAAUUCGGAUGGUUUGAAGAUGGCUAGAGAUGUAGACCCUGAAGGAAAUAGGACCAUCGGUGUAUUGACGAAAAUCGAUUUGAUGGACACUGGCACAGAUGUCGUUGACAUCCUUGCCGGUCGUGUCAUCCCUCUCCGUAUGGGUUAUGUACCAGUGGUCAAUCGAGGUCAACGUGACAUUGACUCUUCCAAAUCCAUCGCACUUGCGCUUGAAGCUGAACGCGACUUCUUUGAAAACCAUCCGUCUUACAAAGGAAAAGCACAGUAUUGCGGUACUCCAUUCCUGACUCGUAAACUUAACAUGAUCCUUAUGCACCACAUUCGCGCCACUCUCCCCGACAUUAAAGCCAGAAUUUCCUCCCAGCUGCAGAAAUACAAUGCCGAACUUAUGCAGCUUGGAGGGCCUAUGGCUGAGCAUAACUCUGGCAAUGUCGUCCUAUCUGUCAUUACGGAGUUCACCAAUGAAUUCCGGACAGUCCUUGAUGGUAGCACAAACGACUUAUCUGUAAAUGAACUUUCAGGAGGUGCACGUAUCAGUUUCGUUUUCCACGAACUGUUCAACAACGGUAUCAAGAAUAUCGAUCCCUUCGACCAAGUGAAAGACGGAGACAUCCGAAUUCUGCUGUAUAACUCAUCUGGCUCCACCCCAGCGCUUUUUGUCGGCACAGCAGCUUUCGAGGUCAUCGUGAAGCAACAAAUCAAGCGGCUAGAAGAACCUAGUUUGAAGUGUUGUCAGCUCGUAUAUGACGAGCUCAUCCGUAUCCUUGGCCAAUUGUUAACCAAAAUUCAAGCGUUCAAGAGAUACCCUGCUCUGCGCGAACGAUUCAAUGCGGUUGUUGUGGGCUUCUUGAAGAACUGUAUGACCCCGACGACGAAACUAGUGUCCGAUAUGGUCUCUAUGCAAGCAUGUUAUGUGAACACUACACAUCCCGAUUUCAUCAACGGACACAAGGCUAUGGCCAUUGUCAAUGACCGGCUGAAUGCUGCCAAACCCCCACCUCCCCAAUCCGACGCCAAGACAGGCAAACUUGCUCCUGGUGUCAUCAACAACAACAAGGAUCUUGAUGUUGAAGCAAAGAAAGACGAAACAGGCUUUUUCGGGUCUUUCUUCACCAGUAGCGGAAGGAACAGCCGAGCGGGAACAGCCAAGAAGACGGGUGGAACCAGCACACCCUCUACCAUGGAGGCGCCCCCGCCAGUUAUUAAACCUCAGGCAGCUUUGAGCGAGAGAGAAACAAUGGAAACGGAAGUUAUCAAGCUUUUGAUCCAUUCGUACUUCAACAUUGUCAAGCGCGAGAUGAUUGACAUGGUGCCUAAGGCGAUUACUCUUACUCUCGUCAAUCAUGCGAAGGAGACCUUGCAGAAAGAGCUUCUACAAGAGCUAUAUAAGCAGGAGGUGUUGGAAGAUCUGCUCAAGGAGAGCGAGUACGUCGUUAACAGGAGAAAAGAAGUUAUCAGUAUGGUCCAGGCGUUGAAUAAGGCGGAAGAGAUUGUUGCAGGUGUCUGA